CGCCCCAUUCAAGCGCGCAGCAGCUCUAGCUCACUGCACAAUCAAAUGUUCGUUAGUGACCGACCGGACUCUCUCGUUAGUGUGCUGGACUCUCGGCACAGAAGUUGGUUGUUGAAGUUCGGUAGUUCCGCGGAAUGGACUAAAUAUGAAUUCGAACCAGUCUUUCGAAUUCGGUGAAGCUCAAUCCAAACUGUUGGCGAUUCUGAUCCUUGGCCUGGGUAGCGUCAUCUCUGGUCUUGUACCGUUGUACUGCACCAGGCACGGAACUAGGUCGAUAUUGAUCACUGUGCUGCUAUGCUUCGGAGCGGGAGUACUACUGGCAACGGCGCUGGUUCAUAUGCUGCCCGAGGUCCGCCUAUUUCUGCCCCGUUAUGCGGAAGUGAUCUUCUGCUCAGGGUAUUUUUUAAUCUACGCCAUUGAUGAACUGGUUUGUUUGUGUACUGGUGCAGGUGAGAAGAAAACCAGUUGCAGUUCCAGUCGUGUUAGUAGCUGUUAUGGGAAUUCUUUUUCUAUGCUAUGCAAAAGCGAUGCGAGCAAUCGAAGUUCCACCGAUGUCGAAGUUCAGCCAGGUCCGGUGGAAACGGUGGAAAAAAAUCAACCGCAACAAUCGCCAACUGGGACUGGGACGUUCAGUCUUCUGCUGGCCCUGUGCGUACAUUCGCUGCUCGAGGGACUGGCAAUCGGAGUUCAGAAUUCGGCUCCGAAAGUGAUGUUGCUACUGGGAGCCGUCAGUGCACACAAAUUCGUGGUCGCGUUCUGUCUGGGAGUCGAAAUCAGCUCCCACGGUGGCCAGCGCCACAGCUCGAAAGUAGCGCAAAUUGUGAUAUUCUCCCUCGGGUCCGUAAGCGGCAUUGCAGUCGGAAUGGCACUGGACGGGCUGGAUGAUAAUUUCAACAAGCUGGUGAUACCGAUACUGCAGGGCGUCGCCGGUGGAACGCUGCUGUAUGUGACGGUGAGCGAGGUGCUACCGCGCGAACGAACGAAGCGACAGUGCGGAACGGCGUGGGUUGGCAUCCGGCAGCUGAUGGCAGUGCUCGGCGGGUUCGCAGUGAUGUCGGCUCUCAGUCUCAUUAUCACCGAAGCGUGACGUGAUGAGCUCAGAUACACGGAACACAAUGAGCGCGCACAGUUGAAGAAGUUCAGAUAAUAAUGGAUGGCUGCUCUCUAGGUUAAGAAUAGUCGGAAUGGGAGUUGUUUUUGAAAUGAUGAAAUAGUUUCUGGCUUUUAAAACGUGUGUAUUCAAAGUACUGACUACUGCAAGUUCACAUAGUUUUCAUAUUUGUUUUUAAUUUUUGAAAGCAAUUCUAGGAAUAAUUUUAUUAUUUUUUAAGUGAAUAACUACUUUAUCUCCCUCUACAUCUAAAUAAUAUUAAAACCUGAUUAAUCAUAACUACCAUUUCCGUUGUACCACAAUUGAAUUGAUUUUGCCAAAUAACUACCGUUUGCGUCAUCAUAUCUGACAAACCGUAUUAAUAAAAUUAAUACCAAUUUUAUCAUCAGAUUAGAUUACUUUUCCCAAAAUACUAUACAAAAUAAGUUUGUUGAUAAACUAUUUGCUACACAAAAAUGAAAACUUCUGUAGUAGAACCAAAUACAGGCCGUAAUAACAUCACCCGUUUGAUCGAAUAUCAUUUUGAGCAACAUUUAAAAUAACAUAAUUGGUAGUUUUUCUCUCAACACCUAAUAAUUAAUAGCAACAACCUCCAAAAACACAUGAUUUAUGAAAUGGAAUUUUGAAUUUUGGGCAACACGCAUUUUGGUAUGGUUCACACGUAACGUAGAAAAUGAUGAAUAUUUAAGCUAAUUACACUGUCCUCGAAAUCAAUGGGUAUUUUCAAUUAAUCGGAAAUAGCAAUACUAAAUCACCUACUUUCAAUAAUCAUGAAAAUGUGUACGAAUGCUUUCUCCUCAAGUGAAUAUUGUGUAAAAUUGCCCUCAAUUCAUUUUUCUUUUUUGAUUGGUUGGGGCAACUUACAGGGUUGCAGAAUAUUAGUCGUGUAUCAAGAUUGUCUUUUAUUGAAAACUUAAAUAAUCUUUAUACAUUGUCCGUAACAACAAAAUCCGAAUGUACAAAAAUACUACAUAAUAGUAACUUCAAGUUCGUCAAGGCGUUUUAUUUUUUUUCAUACAGUAUAAAAUUUGAUCUGUAUGUAAUCUGACCAGAGCAACAUUUUAGUUGCACGUAUAUUCAUAGUGGCGUAGCCACAAAUUUGCCUUGGGGGGUUUUGACGAAAAUCGUUGAUUUUUAGAAAAUUCUUCAAUAUAAUGUAAAUUUGAUAAAAUAUCGGAAGUUCAGAAACAAACAGUUCAGCAGUUACCAUU